AUGCGAGCGCGUUCUCUUACCCAAAAGGUUGCCAAUCCUCUCCCAGCCUCAUUCCUCCGCGGAGGGACGUCCAAGGGUAUCUUCCUCAAGCGUUCUGACCUUCCUGAGAGUCAGGAUGAUUGGAAACCCAUCUUUCAGGGUAUCAUGGGCUCUCCCGAUCCACACUAUCGUCGCCAGCUGAACGGCAUGGGUGGCGGCGUCUCCAGUUUGUCCAAGAUCUGCGUCGUCGGCCCCCCUUCUUCGGCCCAGAGCGGUGUUGAUGUCGAGUACACCUUCGUGCAGGUCGGCAUAGAGGAUGGCGAGCUUGAUGUAUCUGGGAACUGUGGCAACCUUUCGAGCAUGAUUGGCGUCUUCGCGCUCGACGAGGACCUGUGUACGCCCAGGUUCAACGAGAACAGCGGUCUGGGGACCGUCCGGUCGUACAACACCAACACAGCCAAGGUCAUAGAUACGACCUUCCCACUCUCUUCUUCGCACACAGCGGAUCUAGAGCGCCCUGAAGUCGAGGUGGCCGGCGUACCGGGAAAGGCGUCCCGGAUUGUUCUCCAGUUCGUCGACCCAGGAGGGGCACGGACGGGCAAACUGCUGCCUACAGGCUCUCCUUCAGACAACCUCGCGCUCGAGGACACUGCUAUUCCUGCCUCUCUUGUUGAUGCAACAAAUCCCACCGUGUUCAUCGCUGCCGAGCACCUUGCGGGAGCUAUAGGUCUGGAACAUCGAGAGCUCACAGCAGACCAUCUCACCCGUCCUGAUGUCGAAGCAGUCGUUGAGCGCAUCCGUCAGGCGGGCGCCGUCCGUAUGGGUCUAGACCCCUCUGCGAAGGCUCAGCCCAAAAUCGCCAUUCUGAACGAACCUACCUCCGACAAGGACCUCACCGAUGGCGUCGACGUUAUCGUUCACGCCUUUUCUAUGGGAGUUUUACACAAAGCUGUGCCGAUGACGGUCGGACUCUGUCUUGGAGUCGCUGCUGGGGUGAAGGGAACACUAGCGCACGACAUCCUAGCCAGAGCUCGUGGCAGGAGAGGUGUUGCCCCGGAAGGAAUGGUCAGGAUUCGUCACCCUGGAGGAUCUGUUGACGUUGGCGCAAAGUUCGGCGACGAUGGGAGUGUACUCAAUGCGCAAGUAGUGAGGACAGGUCGGAGGCUGAUGAAGGGUGUCGUGUGGUGGUGA